UUAUCAUGUUGUUAGCGUGUUAUUAUCAUGUUGUUAGCGUGUUAUUAUCAUGUUGUUAGCGUGUUAUUAUCAUGUUGUUAGCGUGUUAUUAUCAUGUUGUUAGCGUGUUUUUAGCAUUCUGUUAGCGUGUGUGUUUCCUGUGUGUCCAGGUCGAGACCUCUGCAGCACCACCCUCCCCGGCUACCCCCCACACGUCCCCCCAACGGGCCAGGGCAGCUACUCUGCCUCCUCACUGACUGGUAUGGUACCUGGAGGAGAUUUCUCCGGGAGUCCCUAUUCCCACCCUCAGUAUUCCACAUACAACGAGUCCUGGAGAUUUCCAAACCCCAGCCUGUUAGUGUUCCAACAGGACUAUGGGUCUCUCCUGGGGACGGAGAUCGGAUGUUCCUCUGGGCUCUUCACCGCCAGCCAGACGGGACAGAUGCAAGGGUCGCCGUACUACUACAGCACGGCAUCGCGAGGGGCGGGACCGGCUGCCACGGCAACUGCCUCCGCCUACGACCGCCACUGACCCCGCCCAUCAACGAUGAAGAGGAGGAUGAGGAAGAGGAGGAAGAAAGGAGAGAUAGCACCAGCACUGUCCAAUACUAGCCUGCCUACUGACGGAGGAGAAACAGGAAGGAGGGAAGGAGAAAGGAGAGGAAGAGGAGGAAGUGGAUGAAGAGGAAGAUGAGGACGAGGAGGAGGAAGAUGAGGAGUAACAGAAAGGAGAGAAGGGGAGAGGAGGAGGAAGUGGAUGAUGACGAGGAGGAGGAUCUGCUUUACAUCAGUAAACUCCCGACUGCACACUUUUGAUUGACACUCGAUCCGACCAAUCCCUGCUGAGCUGAGACACUGACCUAUUGCUAUUGCACCUGUUAUGAUAACGUGGAUGGAUGUACCCACAGAGACUGAUCCCAGGUCAGAUUAGACAUUUUACCACCUAAUGGGUAGGGUUAGGAUCUGGGGAGGGCAAGCUGAUCCCAGGUCAGAUUACACAUUUUACCACCUAAUGGGUAGGGUUAGGAUCUGGGGAGGGCAAGCUGAUCCCAAG